CCUAUCUAAUAAUAUUCUCUCUCUUUUACUGUCGCUUCCGGCUAAUUCUUCUUGUUAAUUCUCUUUGAAUUUGUCACCAAACUAGCAUUUCAACAAGAACAAGAAAAGGGUGAAAGUUAAAAUCAUCCGAAAAAAAAAGAAGAGCUGAGGAUCGAAAUGUUCAGGUUGCACAAGACUAAGCCUGCAAGAUCAGGAGAGAGAUUUGAUUUCAAGUUCUAUCAGUUCAAAGCACUUCAGGUGCCAAAAGGAUGGGACAAGUUAUUUGUGUCCAUUGUCUCAGUAGAAACUGGGAAAACUAUUGUAAAAUCAAGUAAAGCAGCUGUAAGAAAUGGAAGUUGUCAAUGGACAGAAACUGUUUCAGAGUCUAUUUGGGUUUCAAAAGAUGGCCAGCCUUCAAAGGAGCUUGAAGAUUUUCCUUACAAGCUUGUAGUUGCUAUGGGAUCAGCUAGAUCUGGCAUUCUUGGGGAGACAGUAGUGAACAUGGCAACAUAUAUGAGCUCAAGUGAUUCUGUUCCACUUUCACUCCCAUUGAAAAAGUGCAAUCAUGGAACCAUUUUGCAACUCAAGAUUCAAUGCCUGACACCAAGGAUUAAUCUCAGGGAUGAUGAAUCAAAAGAAUCAAAUUCCCAUAAAGAAGAUCUUACUGCAGACUCUAAGGAUGGAGAAGUCAAGUCAGAGGAAUCUGAUAAUACAUUUGCAAAGAGUGCAAGAUCUUACUCCAGCAGAGAUUUGGGUUCCAUCACUCAUCAAGACGACCAUGAAACAAGGGGAGGAGGAGGAUUCCAGGACGCUAGUUUAUCUAGUUCAGAAUCACAUCAUAUCUAUAACUCAGCAGAGAGUUCUAUGGGAAGAGAAGUAUUUUCCCCUUCAAACAAGUUGAGUAUUGAUGAGGACAACCACAUUGCAAGACAAGACUCAACUAGCUCCCAAAAUGGUGUACCUCCAGGCAGUUCUAACUCUGACAAUGCUUCGCAAUCAGAUCAUUCAUCAUUUAACUCACGGAUUACACAUUCAGCAAACCUUUCUGUGGAUGACCUUCAAGAGUUGGCUGCACCAUCUUCGAGAAUUUCAGGUUCAUCUAAAAGCCUAUUGGAAGCUGCAGAAGAUACAAUCGAAGACCUUCACAGUGAAGCUAAGAUGUGGGAGAGGAAUGCCAGGAAGCUAAUGCUUGACUUAGAGAUAUUGAGGAAAGAAUACUCAGACCAGUCCAGUAACCAAGUAAAUUUGGAGAUGGAGCUGUCAGCAGCGUGUGCAGAACGUGAGGGACUGCAAAAGGAAGUUGAAAAGCUGAAGCUAUUGUUGGAGAAGUCAACAGAGAAACCAGCAGCCUUGGAGGAUUCCUCACUUCAGGACAAAGGAGCAACCCAUGUUUUAAAGGAGUUAGAAAAUGAGAUUAAGUUUCAGAAAGAAUCUAAUGCCAAUCUCACCUUGCAGUUGAGUAGGAGUCAAGAGUCAAAUGUUGAGCUUGUUUCAGUGCUUCAGGAGCUGGAAGAGACUGUAGAAAAGCAGAAAGCUGAAAUAGAGAAGCUGUCAAUUCUACAAUCAAAAUUCAGUGAUAUGGAAAAUUCUAUUCAGGAGAAUGUGCAGAAGAACCAGGACUUGGUUCUCCAGGUGCAACAGUUGCAGGAAUCAGAGAAGAAAUUGCAAGCUAAGGUGCAAGAACUGGAAAUGGCAAUAGAGGAAAAAACCCGAAACUCAGACAAUGGGAGUUUCAAUCAUCGAACGCUUCUGGAUAUGGAGACAGAAUAUAAAUCCAAGCUAUCGGCUAAAGACAAAGAAAUAAUCAGUUUGAAAGCAACGUUUUCUGAAUCUCUGAAACAAAGGCAUCAUUCAGCAGAAAAGGAAUCCACAGAAGGAGGAGAGGGAAUUCUUGUCAGAGAGAUUGAAUCACUGAAAGUUAAACUGCAGGAGCUAGAAAGCGAUUGCCAGGAGCUAACAGAUGAAAACUUGGAGCUAUUACUCAAGCUCAAGGAAAUGAAGAACCAUUGUACACAAGAAGGUGCAUCUUUUACCCCUUCCAGUUUCGAAGAGAGUAAUCAUGAAGCCCAAAUUCAUGCCCUUGAAGAGAAGAUGAAGAAGAAAAUUCUCAAGGAGAUUGAAAUUGAUUACAAUCUUUCGAUUCAAGAACUUGAGAAUGUCAAAUUAAAUCUGGAAGAUCAAGUUAAUGAACUGAAUAAGGAAUUGACUGAAAAAAGAGAGGUGAUAGAAAGACUUGAAAAUGGUUUGCAGUCAAAAGAAGAGGAGAUUGGGAGGCUUGAAAGAUAUCAAAGAGAAUUGGAAGACAAGCUUUCUGUUCUUCAAGAAGAAAAGAGCCAACUAGAGGAAAAAGUGGAAAUUGUUAUUAGAGAGAGUGAGAUUGCUACCAAAUGCCUGAAUGAAUUGCGGAAGGAUUUAAUGGUGCUCAGCAAAAGUGUGGACACUAAUGUUUCUGCCAAUAAAAUUCUACAGAGAAAAUCUUCAGAGCUAGAAAUUGGCAAGCAUGAAUUGGAGAUUCAUCUCUCAGAGCUUGAGCAGGAAAAUGGAGAGUUGUCAACCUGCAUAUCUGGCCUGGAAGCUCAAAUCAUGAACUUGACAGACGAGAGGGAGUCGAUCGAACUGGAGCUAGAGAGUUCCAAAUCCAAUGCUGUCAAUCUUCAAGCUGAGGUUGCAAAAUUGAGAAAUGAGAUAGAGACUCAGAAGAUGAAUGUGAAACAAAAGCUAGAACAGAGGCAUGAUCAAUUGUCAGAAGCUCAAGAAGAGCUAGAACAUCUGAGAAAUGGUAAUGCAAAGUUACAAGUUGCUGCUGAGAGUCUUAUGGAAGAAUGCAGGUCACUUCAGAAAUCGAAUGAAGAGUUGCAAGUGGAGAAACUAGAGCUGCAAGGGCAUUGUAACCAACUGGAGACGAAACUCACGGAAUCACAAAGAAGUUUUGCUGAUUGCUCCAAAAAAGUUAAUGUUUUGCAAGAAAAUAUUCGUUCAUUGUUGGAAGAUAGUGCCUCAAAAGAAAGAAGCCUAACUUCAGAACUUGAUGCACUUCUCAAGGAAAAUGAUAAGCAGAAUAAGAAAGUUGGUGUGUUAAAUCAGAUGUAUUUGGAGAAGAUCGUUCAAGUUGAGAAUCUUAAACGAGAGAUUGGAGACAUUACCAAGAAACUUUCUACAACUCAAGAUGAAAAAGAGAGGAUAGCUUCUGAUGCUGAGCAUGAAGCGUCUGCUUUACGCGCAAUUAUAUCUAAGCUGGAAUCAGAACUCAGCACCAUUCAGAUGGAAUCCAAGCAGAAGAUUCAAAACUUGAUGGAGGAGCUUGCUUCCUCUAAUCAAAACCAAGAAAAGCUGAAGAAUGAUAAUGGAAAAACGUUGAAGUUGUUGGAAAAUUACAGAUCAUGUGAUGAAAAACUUGAGACCACAGUUAAUGAGCUCGAACUGAAGCUUACGGUUUCCGAGUAUGAGAAGCAACAACUCAUGGAAGAAUCUACCAAUUUGAAGACUGAGUUGCUGAAAAUUGGAACUCUUCAGGAUGAAUUUUUGGCUCUAAAGAAUGAACUGAAUGCAAUCAUGUCUGAGAAAGAGAAACUAGAAACUUCAAUGCAUCUAAAAUCUGAAGAAUGCAAAGAGUUGAAGAUAGAGACCAAUUUGUUUAUUAAAAAGAUCACUGACUUGCAGAAGGCUGUUUCAGAAUUAGAAGAAUGCAAACAAGAUAAAUUUGACUUGGAACAAAAGCUUCAACAAUUGGCGAGUGACCUAACAGCAAAAGAAGCUUUAUGUGAACAGGAUGCAGAACUUAAAAAUGAGCUCAGCCGGAUCAAGAGAACAAACAAGCAACUUCAACAACAGAUACAACAACUUGAGGAAGAGAAAGAAAAGUGCACAAAAAGAAUUCAAUCCCUUGAAGAAGAGUUGAUAUUGAUGAAGGAAAAACAAAGAAAUUCGAGGGAAUCGAAAAGUGUAAAUUCUCCCAGUAAUCAACAGCAAAGAGAAGGUGAUAAUUCCUCAAAAAUUCAGGUGCUUGAGGAUGAACAGUCCAACAAGGCCAUGGAAGCAAACAAUGCAUAUAAAGCUCAGGUUAAAAGGUUGAUCUCUGAGAGCUGGAAAGGUCGCACAGGAUCUCCAAGAAAAUCAAAAGCAGAAGGUGAAUUCGUACCGAAAGAAAAAUUCGAACGCACAAAAUCAUCAUUAGAGACAGAGUUAAGAGAUAUUCGGGAACGCUACUUCCACAUGAGUCUCAAAUAUGCUGAGGUAGAAGCUCAAAGGGAAGAGCUUGUGAUGAAACUUAAAGCAGUUACCAAUGGAAAAAGAUGGUUCUGAACUUCUAAUCAAGCUAUGCUCUUUCUAAACCUUCCAAUUUCCUAGAAUCCAACUUCAAGCUUUGCUGACAGAUUUCAAAUUCAAGAAUCACCUGAAAUAAAAAAGAUCUAUUUAGAGUCUGGCCAAUUCAUGCAGCUAAAACCAAAAUUCUCUGCUCUGCUAAAAGCCAAAUGCUUCUGUUUCCAUUUUUCUGGGUGUGUUCAGGAAUCUUGUAGUGCAUAUAAUACCAUUGUUCUAAUGAUGCCUAGUGCUAGGUAGAGUAGAUGUGAUUAGACUGGAAGAUGAAUGCUCAAUAAAUUAAGCACAUGGCAGGUAGCAGAGCCUUUGAGUGAUUUUUGGUAUCAAAUAAUAUUCUUUACACACUUUUCAAGAUGCCAAAAAAUCACCGACUUUCACCUUUAACUUUCUCUGAUUCACUCCUCCAUAUCAUUGAC